CGGAGGCGCGGUCCUGGCGGCGGCGAUGCGGGUGCGAGUGCGGAGCUGGCACGGGGUCGCGUCCUGGCUGUGGGUGGCGAACGACGAGAACUGCGGUAUCUGCCGGAUGGCGUUCAACGGCUGCUGCCCCGACUGCAAGGUGCCCGGGGACGACUGCCCGCUGGUGUGGGGACAGUGCUCGCACUGCUUCCACAUGCACUGCAUCCUCAAGUGGCUCAACUCGCAGCAGGUCCAGCAGCACUGCCCCAUGUGCCGCCAGGAGUGGAAGUUCAAGGAGUGACGGUGGCGCCGGUACACCGAGGGGGGCCGUUCCCCGCCCCGGGCCGCGCUCUGCCCUCAAUAAACGUGCGGCUGCUUCACUCCUC